GCGGCCCCGCGGGCAGCGGCGGCAGUGAGGCCGGGGGCUCCCCGCUUGCAGGCGUCCUCCCGUCGCGGCGCUCGGCCGCCCGCUCGCCCCGGACUCCCUUCGCGGGCGACUCGGCGGGGCCUGCGCCCCGGCCCCGGGCGGCACGAUGACCGACACCCGGCGGCGGGUGAAGGUCUACACGCUCAACGAGGACCGGCAGUGGGACGACCGGGGCACCGGGCAUGUGUCGUCCGGCUACGUGGAGCGGCUGAAGGGCAUGUCCCUGCUUGUCAGGGCCGAGAGCGACGGUUCUCUACUGUUAGAGUCCAAAAUAAAUCCUAACACUGCAUACCAGAAACAACAGGACACUUUGAUUGUGUGGUCUGAAGCAGAAAAUUAUGACUUGGCCCUUAGCUUUCAAGAAAAAGCUGGAUGUGAUGAAAUUUGGGAGAAAAUAUGUCAGGUUCAAGGAAAGGACCCUUCAGUGGACAUCACUCAGGACCUUGUAGAUGAAUCGGAAGAGGAGCGUUUUGAUGAUAUGUCAUCGCCAGGGUUAGAAUUGCCAUCUUGUGAAUUAAGUCGCCUUGAGGAAAUUGCAGAACUUGUGGCAUCAUCUUUACCUUCUCCCCUGCGUCGUGAAAAACUUGCACUAGCACUGGAAAAUGAGGGUUAUAUUAAAAAGCUCUUAGAGCUUUUUCAUGUGUGUGAGGAUUUGGAAAAUAUUGAAGGACUGCACCACUUGUAUGAAAUUAUCAAAGGCAUCUUCCUCUUGAAUCGAACUGCUCUUUUCGAAGUUAUGUUCUCUGAGGAAUGUAUAAUGGACGUCAUUGGAUGCUUAGAAUAUGAUCCUGCUUUAUCACAACCACGAAAACACAGGGAAUUUCUAACAAAAACAGCCAAGUUUAAAGAAGUAAUUCCCAUAUCAGAUCCUGAGCUGAAACAAAAAAUUCAUCAGACAUACAGAGUACAGUAUAUACAAGAUAUGGUUCUACCUACCCCUUCAGUCUUUGAAGAAAAUAUGUUAUCAACACUUCACUCUUUUAUCUUUUUCAAUAAAGUAGAAAUUGUUGGUAUGUUACAGGAAGAUGAAAAAUUUCUGACAGAUUUGUUUGCACAACUAACAGAUGAAGCAACGGAUGAAGAAAAAAGACAGGAAUUGGUUAACUUUUUAAAAGAAUUUUGUGCGUUUUCCCAAACGCUACAACCUCAAAACAGAGAUGCUUUUUUCAAGACUUUGUCAAACAUGGGCAUCUUACCAGCUUUAGAAGUCAUCCUUGGCAUGGAUGAUACACAGGUGCGAAGUGCUGCUACUGAUAUAUUCUCAUACUUGGUUGAAUAUAAUCCAUCCAUGGUACGAGAGUUUGUCAUGCAGGAGGCACAACAGAAUGAUGAUGUAAGUAAGAAGUUAACAGAGCAAAAAAUAACCAACAAGGAUAUUUUGCUCAUCAACCUCAUUAUAGAACAUAUGAUUUGUGAUACAGACCCAGAACUUGGAGGAGCAGUCCAACUUAUGGGCCUGCUUCGAACUUUAGUUGACCCAGAGAACAUGUUAGCUACUGCCAAUAAAACAGAAAAGACUGAAUUUCUGGGUUUCUUCUAUAAGCACUGUAUGCAUGUCCUCACUGCUCCCUUAUUGGCAAAUACAACAGAAGACAAACCUAGCAAAGAUGAUUUUCAGACUGCCCAGUUGUUGGCACUUGUAUUGGAAUUGUUAACAUUUUGUGUGGAGCACCAUACCUACCACAUAAAGAACUACAUCAUUAAUAAGGACAUCCUCCGGAGAGUGCUAGUUCUUAUGGCCUCAAAGCAUGCUUUCUUGGCAUUAUGUGCUCUUCGUUUUAAGAGAAAGAUUAUUGGAUUAAAAGAUGAGUUUUACAACCGCUACAUAAUGAAAAGUUUUUUGUUUGAACCAGUAGUCAAAGCAUUUCUCAACAAUGGAUCCCGCUACAAUCUGAUGAACUCUGCCAUAAUAGAGAUGUUUGAGUUUAUUAGAGUGGAAGAUAUAAAAUCAUUAACUGCUCAUGUAAUUGAAAAUUACUGGAAAGCACUGGAAGAUGUAGAUUAUGUACAGACAUUUAAAGGACUGAAACUGAGAUUUGAACAACAGAGAGAGAGGCAAGAUAAUCCCAAACUUGACAGUAUGCGUUCCAUUUUGAGGAAUCAUAGAUAUCGAAGAGAUGCCAGAACACUAGAAGAUGAAGAGGAGAUGUGGUUUAACACAGAUGAAGAUGACAUGGAAGAUGGAGAAGCUGUGGUGUCUCCAUCUGACAAAACUAAAAACGACGACGAUAUUAUGGAUCCAAUAAGUAAAUUCAUGGAAAGGAAGAAAUUAAAAGAAAGUGAGGAAAAGGAGGUGCUUCUGAAAACGAAUCUUUCUGGUCGGCAGAGCCCAAGUUUCAAGCUUUCCCUCUCUAGUGGAACAAAGACUACCCUCACCAGCCAGUCACCUGCAGCAAAUCUGCCUGGGUCUCCAGGAUCCCCUGGAUCCCCAGGGUCUCCAGGCUCUCCUGGAUCCGUCCCUAAAAAUACAUCUCAGACGGCAGCUAUUACUACCAAGGGAGGCCUCGUGGGUCUGGUAGAUUAUCCCGAUGAUGAUGAAGAUGACGAUGAGGAUGAAGACAAGGAAGACACGCUACCACUGUCAAAGAAAGCAAAGUUUGAGUCCUAAUGAUGGCAACUGCCUCCGAGUGAUCAGUACCUGUUGAAAACUGGUUCUCUACCCCUCCCCACUACAAAAUCCACAACAAAGCAGUGGUCUCUCGUGAAUGACUGACACAGCUCAGCCUCACACACUUGACUUCUGCUCAUCAAGUGCCAAUUCAAUGGAGCAGGAGGAGGGGAUAUUAUACAUUUAGGGGAAAGACUUAAGCCUUUGAGCUCUCCAGCCUGGACCACACAUUGCCCUUUUCUCAGGGAAGGAAAUGGAAACAAAAAGCCAACAGGGCAGGGGUUUUGUAAGUGGAACCUGGAUUGACUGGUCAGUUGCUACAAUCAGAAUAUGCUUUCUCGGACCAUGUUUGAGACUCAGAAGAAUAGGCUUUUUUUGCCAUAAUUCUUCACUAGUUAAGGAUGCCAGCAGUUUCUUUGUAUAAAGAGACCUGCCUUUAAAACCGUACAUUCUAAACAUUUUAGUCAAGCUACAACAGGUUUGGAAAACCUCUGUGGGGGAGGGGCGAAUAUAAAGUUUCCUCUUUUUUAUCUGUUCCCUUUGCCCUUCAAACUGCAGGUUUUUGUUUUUGUUUUGUUGUUUUUUUUUUUAAAGUGGGGAUUUGUCCCUACUUGAUUAAAGAUUGAGUGGAAUUCUAGAUGUGGUCAUUUGUGUCAUAAUUUUUUUUUGUUUCAUUUUGUUUUUGAUUUUUUUUCUCCCUUGAGUGUAUGCUUAGUUGUUGCGUAUAUAUAUUUGGGACCAUUAAAACUUUUUUGGAUGUAAUAUAA